GCACCAUAGAAUUGAUUGGAUUCAUUAGAUUACGAAUCAAAAAGUCUUUCUAGGUUUGCGAUGAGUGCAUGGAUACGGCCUGCUGUUCGGACCUGUUUUAAUCUUUUUCGCCGAGUGUGCCGCUCAAGCACUCGAACCCACGACUCGCUUCGCUGACUGACAGUUUGACGUGAGGAGAACAAGGUUGGUUGCCCGCACUAUUUUUAUUUAUCUCAUUCAUUCCCUUGAUGUCAACUUCAAAUCAGCUUUUACUAGUGACAUCAUUGUCCUACCUACCAGCCCACCUUCAGCCAUCUGGUUUCUCCAUCACUUAAACAUGGAAAUUGCAGUUGACCUCGUGUCAGAAUUGGCUGACAAACUUCGGAGUGAUGCUAAAAGAUUAGCAGAAGACAAAGAGAAAAUACUGCGAAGCAUAGAAUCACUUGUAGAACUGUUAAAAUCUGACAGUAGCAAUGCACUUUCUGCAGCUCAAAGAGACGAUGCCCUUUGUCAUCUUCACAAAGCUUACAAAUUAUCAGAAACUGUUCAAGUUUCAAUUAACCUUAUGGCAAGAGACGCAGCUCAACUUUCUGCAAGUCGACAGGUGAACAGUUUACUCAGUGACUUAGAAAAAGAUGUGAAGAAGAAUCCUAUCAAUUCUCGACAAAGGGUUAUGUCGUACAUGAAUGCUUGCUGCUCUAACCAAACAGUUGGUGUUCCGCCUGAUGAACACUUCGGUGCAACAAUUGUAGGGUGCACGCUAGAUGACCAAAAAGAGGCAAAGAAAAGAAUUGAGAUCAUGUUAGAGUAUGUUGAUCAACGAUCAUGAUCUCUUCUUAAGUGGUUGUUUUCAAAGCUAUGGUUUCGUGCCUUCUUGUCUAUUAUUAUUACUCAAAUACUCUCUCCUCUAGAUACGUCUGUCCAGAAUGGAAGAGAUAUCAUGUGAUACUCAGCUGUUUUCUUUGACUUGUUUCGUGCAUUGUAAUAACUAUGUAAUUUAAGGUCGGGACCUCUUUUGUGAUUGCAUCACAUGAUCAAUAUAAACUAUUUCAUGUGACUCUUAUACUAACGUAAAAUGGUUAAUUUCUUUGUUGUUCUUUUCUCUGUUUUUAUUUGUUGGGGAGGUUUUUUUUUACUCUUAAUUCUUUCUUGAUUUCUGUUAACACUUAAUAGUCAUUCAGACGUUUUUAUUGUUGUGUAAUGAUUCUACUGUAGGUUAAUUAAACAAUGAAAAGUCAUUUUAAAAUUGUUCUUAUUAUAGAAUAAUUCUACUGCUUAUUAUUUUAGCUGCUUUCACGAAGAUUUUUCCUGGGGGCAUGAUGCAUAUAUGCAUCCAUGAUGUGAAAUUUGCCACAGUCAAAUCCUGAAAAAGGGUUUAGAGUAUCAGAUCCCAUGCCCUUCCCUUGCUGUUAUUUUAGUUUUCUUGUAAAGACACGCAGUGAGAAAGCCUGCACAUUGUGCUAGUCAACAUGGUUCUGAUUACAACUGAUACUUGUAAAUGCAUGUUCAUGUGGACCAGUCACCUUUGGAUUGCUGGUAGUUAUUGGAAACUGUUUAAGUUACCAGUUGUGGAGUCUGGAACAGUUCUUACUUGAUAUUCAAAGAAAUUUUGAUUUGCAUUUGUGAACUUUUUGUUAGAGCUUUUGCAGAAAUCCCAACAAUGUUCUUGUUAGUUGUGGUGGAAAGCCUUCAAGUAUUAUUUUUAGUCUCUUUCUUUUUUGUUGUGUUAGAAAAGUGCUGUGUCUAAUUUCCUUUACCUAGAGUAACAUUUUAUUUUGAUUUUCGGGUGAUGGGGAGAGAUACGGAAGUGAGUACGGGAGGCUUUUGACUAUUGACACUCACAUGAAACCAUGUAACAGUUUCCCAUUAUCUCUCAAAACUAUGCUAGAUGUACUUCUUCUCUCAAUAAUUUUAAUCCAACUUAAUAGCCUAGUUUACAGGCUUUCUUCUGGUAGUGGCAGUUAAUUGACAAGAUUUGGGAUCCUUUUUCACACUUGCUUUAAAAUCUUUUAAGAUCGCCUUGAUUAAAAUCGGCUGUGCUCCCACCAGUGCGUUAAAAUUAGGUUAAUCAUUUGUUUUAUCACUACAAAUAGUGCGUAUGUUUUAUUGAUUUUCAAGUCCGCUCUGUAUAACAUUCCGUCUGGAACCUGCAUUUUAGUCUUCACAUUCUGUUCCAUUUUCUGUUUAAACAAUUACUGUACUGAAAAUUCCUGCUGGGAUUUGCUCUUGUUAACACACUUAUUUAUUUCUGUCAAUUGGUACACUUGUUAAUGUGUAGAGUCUAGCUUUCCAAGUUUGUGCGGGAAAGUGCAAUCUUGUCUCGUGAGAGACGAGCGACUUUGAUUCAUGCUCCUUUGAUUUUUUCAUGUUUUCCAAUAAAUAACUUGUUGCCUGAACGGCCAUCAGACUA